GUCUUCAAUCCGAUUCAUGUGUUUUCUUGAUUUGUUUUUGUUUUUUCAUCUUCUAUAAUUAAUUGAUUUCCUUUUAUUAAUCAUCACAAUUUAAAUUGUUCCAUUACAAUUGUAAUAAAUUUAGAAUGACUGUUCUCUCUUUUCCAUCAGUGAUGAAUAAACUGUUCAAUUCCUUUAUCAAAAGAGGAUCUUCAAGAUUGAUUCGGUUCAACAGCUCAGCCUCAUCUUCAUCAAAUGUUAAACAAUCAACUAAUUCUGAUACAAUUUCUUAUAUGCAAUCGAAAGUCGCUAAAAAUUAUAAGGCUGCUGAUGGUUAUUUCGUUUAUCCCGAUCAAAAUGAAGUUUGGCCUUCCAAUCCUCGUGUUUUCUCGUUUUGCUGUUUGAUGAUUGGUAUUUAUUGUAUGUUUAGAGAGGCAAAUGAUUUGGAUGAACAAUUUGAUAAACCAAUUUUUGACCGUCUUCCUCAUUUGGAAAGGCCAAUCCUGGAAUCUUCUUUAAUUAACUCUUACAAUCAAGGAUUACCGACUCAACAUAUAGUUGAAAGAUUAAAAGAAUUGGAAGCUGAAGGAAAAUGAAAAUGAAUCAAAAUGUUCAUUUAAAUUCUGAUCUAGAAUUAUUAAUUAAUACUAAUUAGUGUGGUUGAGAAACUCGAAACUGUUUAAAUGUAAAUAUAAGAGAAUUAAAUCUAAUCUAAACAAUUAA